GAGUGAUCGAGGGCUUCCCCCCAUCCCGUUUUCUGGUCGGAUUUCACGCGCGCUCGCCUCUUUACCUCCCCGCGGGGUUUCUGUUUCUUUCCCCCCGCAACUUUCGACUUCUGCAACUUUGGCCCCGUCCGUUACACUGUCCUCGGCAGUAUGUGGGUACUGCCGUUGCUUGGAUACCUGGGGGUUAUCGUGGGAUUCUCUUUUCUGACGCUUGCGAUAGCCUCGGGACUCUACUACCUGUCCGAACUCGUAGAGGAACACACCGUCCUCGCCCGCCGACUAUUGACUCGGUUGAUUUACGGCGUCGUUCUCAUCCAAAUCCUUCUGUCUGUUGUCGAUCGAUUCCCGCUCUCCUUGUCUCUCCUCAGCAUCGGAUCACACCUGGUCUACGCCAGCAACUUACGACGGUUCCCUAUUGUCAAACUAUCGGACCCCCUCUUUGUUCUGUCAUGUGUCCUUGUCGGACUAAACCACUGGCUCUGGUUUCGCCAUUUUUCCAGACCGCUACCCACGUCACGCGCCGGAACGAACUGGCGCAACCCUUAUCAGGUCGAUGUGGAUGACAUGCCGACCUUCACCGAGGUUGCGUCUUACUUUGGGCUCUGUGUCUGGCUGGUGCCUUUUUCACUUUUUGUUAGUCUCAGCGCGGGUGACAACAUCCUGCCUAGUAUGGGUUCCGAGUAUGCUACGGGCGAGCAUGUCUCGACUGCUGGCUUCGCUAAUAAUGCGCUCUCAUCGGAGGGGAAGAGCAAGAAUAAGGGUAUGGCAAAGGCUUUGGUGGACGGAACUCGAGAUUGGGUCAGGGAGAACGGUGAACUAAUGGGUUUCUGGAAAGGAGAUCACUCUAAAAGAUUCUAAAUUGCUUGUGCACCAGGUAAGACCGAUGGAACACUGCCGUGCCCUCGCUCUCUUCUCUAGUUCGAAUCAGCUACCGUUGUUAUUUAAUUAUCAUUGUGACUCUAUCUUUUCCAUUUUAUAAAUGAAUCAUAAAAAACGGGGAGGGGAGAGCUAUAUAUAUGACCGCAACCCUAGG